AUGAAGCUCACCUGGGACAUCAACGACCCCAAGCUGCCGCAGGAGCCCAAGCACUUCGACGCCUUCCAGGAGUGGCCCGAUGGCUACGUGCGGCUCAUCUACUCGAGCGAGGAGAAGAACGCGCAGCGGCACCUCAGCGGCUGGGCCAUGCGCAACACCAACAACCACAACUGCCAGAUCCUCAAGAAGUCCUGCCUGGGCGUCGUGGUGUGUGCCCGGAGCUGCGCCCUGCCCGGCGGGGCCAGGCUGCAGCUCCGCCCCGCCAUAUGCGACAAGGCUCGGCAGAAGCAACAAAAGAAAGCCUGCCCCAACUGUAACUCUGCCCUCGAGUUGAUUCCUUGCCGAGGACACAGCGGGUAUCCGGUCACGAACUUCUGGAGGCUUGAUGGAAAAGCAAUAUUUUUCCAGGCUAAAGGAGUCCAUGACCACCCCCGGCCAGAGAGUAAACUGGAGGCAGAGGCAAGAAGAAGUGCAAUUAAGAAGCAAAUGUCCUCUUAUCACCACUCCCAGAAAAAGAGAUCUCUAAAUUCAGAGGUAAGAAGGUACCCUGACAGCAGUGGUUACGCCAAUAACCUACAGAAUUUUCACUGCAUGGAUGGCCCAGAAAGAGUUGGUAUCUUCACAGACACCAAUUAUUCAAUUCCAGCCCAGUCCUACCCUUCGGUGCAGAACCCAGACCUCUACAAGGCACCUUACGACUCAGCCAGCUUCCAAGAGGACCAGCUAUCACCAUACCCUAAAUGCCCAAAUCCAAGGCUCUACAUGCCCAUGCCAUGCAGUUACGAGUUUGGAGUUCCCGCCUUCAUAAGCUCGAGUCCUUACCCAACAUUUUACAAAGAUCUGCCCAGUCCUGCCAUUGAUGCAGACCCCCUCAGUCUGAACGGGUCUCACUACAACGCUGUGACCACCCACGAUAAGAGCGUUGAUAACCCUGGCAGGCAUUACGGACUGAAACCAGCGUGGGGGAAAACCGGCAGCGGAGAGCGGGGUGACUACGGGCAGAUGGCAACAAGUGCUCCCCACCCUUACUACAGCGGGGACUAUGCCUGCAGGUACAGCUCCAGCCCCGCUCCCAUGGCCCCACCGCUGCAGACCGUCAUCACCACCACCACCAAGGUGUCCUACCAGGCCUACAAGCCACCUGCGCUGAAAUAUAGCGACAACCUCUGCGAUGUGAAAAACCUUCAGAGCUACACCCACGUGGCAGAAAACAUCUCGGGUGCCGUCUAUUCAGGGAUGAAGAUUCAGGAAGACUUUGGGAUGAUAAAGUCGGCGCUGCUCUACCAGCACGACUCCAUCCCCACAAAAUCCAAACCAGCUGAGAGCGUGGAGAGCUAUCGGUAUGGGCUCCCUCUGGGGAACAGCUUUGCUGAACAUGAAGGCCAGGCCCUAAGGUUUGAGAGUGCUGAAUAUUGACUAAAUGGUCCCUAAAUGGCAAAUACCUGAUGAUGGGAGAAUAGAUUAUUGUGUUGACCAUGGGAGUGCUAAGCCAAGUGAUUUGGGAUUUGAGGAGAUGUAAGGAAGCAGAACAUCAAGACAGCUUUUUCCCAAAAAUACCUUUCUGGAGUUGUGUGCUGAGUGAAUUAUAUUUUGCAUGUAACUUCAAAGAAACUCACACAAUCUCUAAAAUGGCACAAGGAAUUGAGCCCAAAACACACCUGGAAAAGGCAAUAUGGAGGCACAGCUCCUCUGGAAGUCAACAGUGUCCUCUGACAGUAAGUGCAAUCCACUUGCAGCUACAACUCCUGCCUCAAGCUUUGAGAGAAAAUGCUCCAUCUGUAAGAAAAGACUAAUCAGGUAAUGGAAAAAAAAUGAAGGAAAGUGGCUACAGAUUAUAGUCAACUGAAGGAAAUGGCAUGGAAAGAAAGAAAUAACAUAAAUGUGAAAGCAAGGCAAUUUGCAGAAUAAUUCACCUGAGCAGUUCAUUCACCUGCCAUGAUUCUUUUGAUGAAUGAAAAGAUCAGCUAAGUUUCUCUGAAAUGAAAAAUGAAAAACCUGAAACCUAAGAAAUUAAACAUUUUAAAUUCAUGUUGCUUUUUGAUCCCCUGUAUCAAAAGUAAAGAUGACCCAGCCUUUCUAUGUAAGAAGGACAACCCAGCACAGCCACAGCAGGAAAUGAUGCCCUGUAACACUUAGCCUGGAGGCAGGAAGGCUCAGGGACCCCCACCAAGCCUGCUCAGCAUCACAUGGCUGCCAGAGUUAACUUAUGUGGUCCUGAAAAACAUUUACAGUGAAACUGGCUUUUGCUUAAAGGAGCCUGGCAAGCUGGUCAGGCCAACUGGUUAUUGGUGCAGAAUUCUCUUUACACAUGACUACAACUGGUCCUCUCUAAGAAUGCAACAUCCCAGCUGCUUAGUACAGGUCAGUGUUGAAUGAACCUUUCCUGGCUCCCUCUCUGCACUCCAUCUCCAUCAGGUCUUUCUCCCUCUCCCAAGGGACUUCUGGUGAUUUUUCUCUCUGUAAACAUAGCUCCCCAUGACAGCACUCCUUUGGAAAUUAAACAACUAAACAACCGGCCAACAGAGAGGUUACAAAACAAAAUCCCCAAACUGAGCUAAGCAAAGAAAUCAUAAAAAAAUGCAUUCCAAAUUAAUUCCUAAAACAACUAAUUCUUCUUUAAUCUGGAAAGAAGGAAAAACAGAGCAGUGCUGGUUUAAAACUAAGGAUAUUUUGAAAGCCACCUAGUACUGGGGAAUAGAACCCUCACCCAAAAUGUGUGUGCCAAGCAAGGGAGCUAAGUAGACACAGGGGAUUGAUCAGGAUAAAAAAAUUUCUUUUGGUACCAUUAUUAUUGAGUUACCAAGUAUCUUUAACUUUUUGAACACUUUUUUUUUUUUUUUUACCUCUGUCUUAUGUAUAUUUUUGGUGUGUUUUGAGAAGAAGCGUACUACUGUAGUUUUUCAAUUAAAUGUGAAAUCACAGUUAAAAGCAAAGCACCAUGCAAAGUAAUGUGAGUAGCUGGCUUGUUAGAAUUAUAAGGUUCUGUGCAUGGGAGCCAUCAUUAAACUGGUAAACAAAUUGUAUUUUCAGAGAACAGUUAAACAAUUAUUUAAAAAUAGUUAUUUCUGAUGUAGUAUAUUUUCUUUCUUUUUAUAUUUUUAUGAAAACCAACAUGUUCAGUCUAAGAUGUGAAACUGAGCCACACAGGAAUUUAAUUAAUAGCAUUCUGUUUCAGCAGUGGAUUGUUCAGCAUUUUAAAAAUUCAAGCCAGACAAAGAUGGAAUUCACAAAAAGACUAAAUUAAUUCACCUGCAGCAAGCUUACUUUGUCUUUUAGCUCUAGUGUACUUUUUGUAUAUCUCCCUUGGCUUUUGUUAAACUCUUAGGGUUAUUCUUCUACCAAGUGUUUUAAAUUACUGAUAAGAAGAGAUUCAGGUGAACAACAUAAAUUUGAUAAUUAGCCCACAUAUUUUAAAACUUUUAAAAAAGAAAAUAAAAAGGUGGUUAGUGAGUAAUUACCCAGAAAUACUGACGCAAAAUUUUAGAGUUUAUGAAUAUAUAACACUAUGCCUGUUUACAGAACUGGGAUUUCUCAGCUGUAUGCCAAAUCAUAUUGAGGCAUUUGACAUGUAGAAUAAUGAUCAAGGCUUACAGCAUUGUAAGUUUAAAAAGGGUAAAAAAAAGUAUAAGAGGGGAAUAAGGCAAAAGUAAAUUACUAAAAAAGCUGGAAAGAUUCACUGCAGAUGGGAAAAUCAAGGAAAAUAUUAAAGCUGUAAAUUGCUCUAUUUUAUUUUAGAUUUUAGAGGAGAUUUUAGAUUUUAGAGGUGAUUUUAGAGGAGUUAGCCAACCACAACUCAAGCACAAGUUAUUAAAAUACUACUUGCUAUUAAAACAGACAAGCUGUGGGGGUUGCAUGCUAUUCACGUCACUGGUAUUAAAUUUGUCAUUGUAGUUGUGUGCUUAAAUCAUUAUGCUAUCCAAUUAAACAUAGCUUUUAAAGCAGAACUUUGUACAUCAGUAAAGAAAAUGCAGCCAAUUGUGUUAAGAUGCUACUUUUAAGGUGUAAAUUUAUUUAUAAUAAACAUCACAGCUGUUCAAGCACA